UGUCGAAUCUGUGGACUAAUUCAGAAAAGCAUCGAGACGAUUAUCGAUUAUCCAUUUGCUAAGGUCUGUAAUUCUCUGCAUUAAUCAUUUCUGUCCACUUUUGAGAAUUACAAUGUUAUUUUGUUUCUUUCAUUGUUUCCUAAUCUCAUGCUGUUUUGAAUGUUCAUCAAGGAACCAAAGAGACAGAGAACCUAUGCUGGGCAGAGAGUAAGGGGUUCAGGGAAUGCUGAUGAAAACCUUACUGAUGAGGCCAUCCACUCAUAUCAGGAGCUUCCUGUGAUUGAAAUUUGUGUUCAUCCAAGGCACAGAGCACUCAUGAAACCCCACCAAGUUGAGGGCUUCAAUUUUCUUGCCAGAAAUUUGGUGACAGAGAAUCCGGGGGGUUGUAUAAUGGCCCAUGCUCCUGGUUCGGGCAAGACGUUUAUGAUCAUAAGUUUUCUGCAGAGUUUCAUGGCCAGAUACCCUGAAGCAAGGCCUUUGGUGGUGCUGCCAAGAGGGAUACUGCAAACCUGGAAGAAAGAAUUCCAGAAUUGGCAGAUUGAGGAGGAUCUUCCUCUGUAUGAUUUUUACUCUGUCAGAGCAGAUAACAGAUCACAACAGAUGAGUGUUUUAAGGCAAUGGGCAGAGAAGAGGAGCAUUAUGUUCCUGGGAUACAAGCAGUUCUCAUCGAUCAUAUGCGAUAUCUGCAGAAACAAGGCUUCAGCUGCUUGUCAAGAGAUUCUGCUGAAAUGCCCAUCAGUUCUGGUUCUGGAUGAGGGCCAUACUUCCAGGAACCAAGAUACAGACAUCAUGAUUGCACUCGAAAAGGUCCAGACGCCUCGAAAGGUCGUGCUUUCUGGAACCUUGUACCAAAAUCAUGUCAACGAGGUGUUCAACAUCCUCAACCUCGUUCGCCCGCAGUUCCUGAAGCUCGAGAGCUCAAGAACCAUCAUGAGAAGAAUACUGAGCACAGCUUCAAUAAGAAGGAGCAAUAAUAAGCAGCAAAAUUCAGACAGCUUUUUCUUCGAUAUCGUGGAGAAGACGCUCUUAAACGACACUGAUCUCAAGAGGAAAUGUUCCCUCAUAUGUGAUCUGAGGGAAAUGACCAAAAAUGUUCUUCAUUACUACAAAGGGGACUCCCUGGAUGAUCUUCCUGGGCUGAUGGAUUUCACAGUCUUUCUUAAACUUCAUCCCAAACAGAAAAGGUCAAUUGAUAAACUGAAAAUGGAGGGUUCAAAGUUCAAGAUAAGCUCUGAAGGAAGUGCCAUUUGUGUCCACCAUGGCUUAAAAGAUCUCUGCAGAUUCUCUGAAGCUAAGGAAAGAGUUGAUGAGCAAAGGAUUGAUACCACCCUGGCUGGUUUCGACAUAAGAGAAGGAGUAAAGGCCAAAUUUUUCCUAAACCUUCUGAAUCUCUGUGAAGCCAUGGGUGAAAAACUAUUAGUGUUUAGCCAGUACUUACUUCCCAUGAAGUUCCUGGAAAGGCUAACCAUCAACACCAAGGGCUAUAGAACUGGCAACGAAAUCUUCUCGAUCACCGGGGACUCAGACUCAGCAACACGAGAGUCUUCUAUGGAGCAAUUCAACACUUCCCCGCAAGCUCGAGUCUUCUUUGGCUCAAUCAAAGCUUGCGGGGAAGGCAUAUCGCUCGUUGGUGCUUCUCGGGUCAUCAUAUUGGAUGUUCACCUGAACCCAUCGAUCACUCGCCAGGCUAUCGGGCGAGCAUUCAGGCCCAGGCAGGCGAAGAUAGUGUAUGCUUACAGAUUGGUGGGUUCUGGAUCCCCUGAGGAGGAAGACCACUCCACAUGCUUUAAGAAGGAAUCAAUCUCAAAGAUGUGGUUUGAGUGGAAUGAGUAUAAUGGGGAUCCAGAUUUCAAUAUGCAGCCUGUGGAUCCACAGAAUUGUGGAGAUAUGGUUCUUGAGGCACAACGCUUAAAUGAAGACAUUGUUGCUCUCUACAGAAGAUAA